CCUAAUACCCUGUGUCCCUGUCCCUAGCGCCGCCACCAGGAGUCCAGCCGUCGGCCACCGCCCCCACCAGGACUACGGGCGGAUACGCGUCGCCCCGGCCUUUUAAGUCGCGUCUCCUCUCAGCCUUCCCGUGGUGUUCCACCAUCGCAGCAAAACCAUACUCCGUCUCCUCGCUCUAUCGCGCUCCAUUGAUUGCUCUCGCAACAUGGACUCCAUCGUCUUAUCGAUGGAGUUGUUCGCCGCAGAUCGCCGCUUCCCCGAUUCUUCCAGGCACGACGCUGGUGCAGAGGACACGUCGAUGCUGGUGAUCAGGGACGCGCUGCUGUCACAGCUCCAGAAGGACCGACUUCGCCAGGAGAUCAUCCUGGCCGAGCUCGCCAGGAUAGAGCGUGCCAUGGCCCUGCGCGCCGCCGACGCCGAGCGUGCCAGCCCGGGGGCGCCCUUCUCCGUCGUCAAGCUCGAGGAGAUGCCGCGCAGCAGAGAAGCGUUUGGUCCUGCAGACCUUAUUGUCGCCGCGGAUGUGGACAACGAUAUGGAGGAGAAGAAAGAUUCCGCAACAAGUCUUCAGGCAUCGAGUUUGAUUCACCGCAAGAAGCCUGCCGCCGAAUAUCUCGUCCGUGAAUGCCUGAAGACUUCUUGCGGUGCUGGUAACGCUGCAGGUCGGCGGCAAAAUGCAGCACUUCAUGAGACCAAAUUACAAGAAUCCACUGAGACUAGGUUGCCCAAGGAGACGACGCCUCCUUUAUUAAAAUGGAGGUGUGACAUCUGCCGGGUGGAAGCACCGACCGAGGGCCACUUGCAACAGCAUUGUGCAGGGCACAAACACCAGUCUAAAGUAGCAACCUUGGUGGUACCAAGAACCAAUGCCAACAGUCACAAAGCGAGGGCGGCUGCUGCUGCGAAUCCCGGAGACGUGCGUCAAUACGACGAAAAGCUACGUCUAACCUGGGUCUGCAGGUUCUGCCAAUCCAACUGCACCUGCAGAUCAGACCUGGAGAGCCACCUGAGAGGCAAAAGGCACAAAGCAUAGAUCCAGUGCCUGCUGGAAGAAUGCAAGAACAUGGCAGUGAUCUAUAGCUAUAGGUCGCCGAAUUCACAGCCAAAUCAUGCGACACAGGAAGAGGAGGAGGACAACGGCCCUGCUUCAGCAUGGAAUUGCAGCCUGUGCCAAGCCAAGUGCAAUUGUCCGUCAGACUUGGCCAACCACCUAAGAGGCAAGAGACACCAGCUGAAUUUUCUGGUUCUACAGGUGGAAGGCAAGCAGUAUCUGUCAGAGUGGGGUUGCGGUAUCUGUCAGGCCAAAUGUGACUCUGUAUCUCAGCUGGAGAGCCACUGGAGCAGCAGGGGACACCAGCAGAAGGUACAAGCUUUGCGGGGAGGAGGCCAAACCGUAAGUUCUGUGGACGAGGGGAUACAUAGGACGACGUAUGUUUGCAAGCUCUGCAAUUUGCACUGCAACAGCAAGACUACGCUAGCUGAACACCGAAGGGGGAAGAACCACACGCUGAAGGCGAAGAAACGGUUGUCGCUGAGUUUUUGCGAGGUCUGCGAUCUGCAAUGCAAUAGCGAAAAGAUGCUCGCUCACCAUCGUAAUGGGAAGGCUCAUUUGGCAAAGCUUAGCAACUGCUGAUUGGAGAGGCUGUGAUCUGUGGAGCGAAAUGCCAGCCACGUCAUUUCAUUUUGAAGAGACUUCAGUUGACUUUUUAAAAUGCUAGCAUGCGGUUUCAUCAUACUGUAGAAUAUGAUGUUGUUUGGUUCAUGAAAUAUAACACAAAUGUCAACAGUAAUGAUUAAUGCUUGAUUAUAGCGGUAACAAGUUUGAAUAGGUUGAUAUUAGUUUCUAGUGUGGUAUCUGAUUACGUUGGAUUUCAAUAAACAUGGUUUAACGUUAUCCGUUACUCUUACAAAUA